AGAAAAUUUUCUUACGAGUUCGAACGCACGAUUAUCGUUGGCGCAACAUUAGUUUUGAGUUGGCUACCAACGCGAGCGGGUCAUUCUCUUUGCAAGCGACACACAUUUAGAAUCUUAAGGAUACUUCGAACGAAUUAAAAGAAAAUAACACGAAUUCAAAAUGAUGAUGGAGAACGGUCUCUCCAUGGAGGAUUAUGGGGAUAACUACAUGGAACAAGAAGAAGAGUGGGAGCGCGAGGGACUUUUGGAUCCAGCCUGGGAGAAACAACAAAAGAAGACAUUUACAGCAUGGUGCAACAGUCAUUUGCGCAAAGCCGGCACUGGCAUCGAAAAUAUCGAAGAUGAUUUCCGCAAUGGUUUGAAAUUGAUGUUGUUGCUAGAAGUAAUCUCUGGUGAAACUUUGCCCAAGCCCGAUCGCGGUAAAAUGCGUUUCCACAAAAUUGCCAAUGUGAAUAAGGCAUUGGAUUUCAUUGCCUCCAAGGGUGUGCAAUUGGUAUCGAUUGGUGCUGAGGAAAUUGUCGAUGGCAAUUUGAAAAUGACCCUUGGUAUGAUUUGGACCAUUAUCUUGAGAUUUGCCAUUCAAGAUAUCUCUGUUGAAGAGAUGACCGCCAAGGAGGGCUUGUUGUUGUGGUGCCAACGCAAAACUGCCCCCUAUAAGAAUGUCAAUGUACAGAACUUCCAUUUGUCAUUCAAGGACGGUUUAGCCUUCUGCGCUUUGAUCCAUCGCCACAGGCCCGACUUGAUUGAUUAUUCCAAACUCUCCAAAGACAAUCCAUUGGAAAAUCUCAACACUGCCUUCGAUGUUGCUGAGAAGUAUCUUGAUAUUCCCAGAAUGUUGGAUCCUGAUGAUUUGAUCAACACUCCCAAGCCGGAUGAACGUGCCAUCAUGACCUAUGUGUCUUGCUACUACCACGCCUUCCAAGGAGCCCAACAGGUUGGAAAUAUGACGCAUGUUCCCGAACCCACAAGACAAUACACCUACGUCCCGAAUAAUUACAAUGCGGAAACUGCUGCUAACCGCAUCUGUAAGGUUUUGAAGGUUAACCAAGAGAAUGAACGACUCAUGGAAGAGUAUGAACGUCUUGCCAGCGAUCUUUUGGAAUGGAUUCGUCGCACCAUGCCCUGGUUGAACUCCCGCCAAGCCGAUAACUCCUUGGCUGGUGUGCAAAAGAAAUUGGAGGAAUACCGCACCUAUCGUCGCAAGCAUAAGCCCCCACGUGUUGAACAAAAGGCUAAGCUCGAAACUAACUUCAACACAUUGCAAACUAAAUUGCGUCUCUCCAAUCGCCCCGCCUACUUGCCCACCGAAGGCAAGACUGUGGCCGACAUCUCCAAUGCCUGGAAGGGUUUGGAACUUUCGGAGAAGGCCUUCGAAGAAUGGCUUUUGGCUGAGACCAUGCGUUUGGAACGCUUGGAACAUUUGGCCCAAAAGUUCAAGAUCAAGGCCGAUGCCCACGAAGAAUGGACCCGCGGCAAGGAGGAAAUGUUGCAAUCCCAAGAUUUCCGUCAAUGCAAGUUGAACGAAUUGAAGGCUUUGAAGAAGAAGCACGAAGCCUUCGAAUCCGAUUUGGCCGCCCACCAGGAUCGUGUUGAGCAAAUUGCUGCUAUUGCUCAAGAAUUGAACUCCUUGGAAUAUCACGAUUGCGUUUCGGUUAACGCCCGCUGCCAACGCAUCUGUGACCAAUGGGAUCGUUUGGGUGCCUUGACCCAACGUCGCCGCACCGCUUUGGAUGAAGCCGAACGCAUUUUGGAGAAAAUCGACAUCUUGCACUUGGAAUUCGCCAAGCGUGCUGCUCCCUUCAACAACUGGUUGGAUGGUACACGCGAAGAUUUGGUUGACAUGUUCAUUGUUCACACCAUGGAGGAAAUCCAAGGUCUCAUUCAGGCUCAUGAUCAAUUCAAGGCCACUUUGGGUGAAGCCGAUAAGGAAUUCAACUUGGUUGUCAACUUGGUGCGUGAAGUCGAAUCCAUUGUUAAGCAAUACCAAAUUCCCGGUGGUUUGGAGAAUCCCUACACCAAUGUCACUGCUCACGAUAUGACUCGCAAGUGGAGCGAUGUACGCCAAUUGGUGCCACAACGUGACCAGACCUUGGCCAAUGAAUUGCGCAAACAACAGAACAACGAAAUGUUGCGCAGACAAUUUGCCGAAAAGGCCAAUGUUGUGGGUCCCUGGAUUGAGCGUCAAAUGGAUGCUGUGACCGCCAUUGGCAUGGGUCUUCAAGGCUCUUUGGAAGACCAAUUGCACCGCCUCAAGGAAUACGAACAGGCUGUGUAUGCCUACAAACCCAAUAUUGAGGAAUUGGAGAAGAUCCAUCAAGCUGUGCAAGAAUCCAUGAUCUUUGAGAACCGUUACACCAACUACACAAUGGAAACUUUGCGUGUGGGCUGGGAACAAUUGCUGACAUCGAUCAACCGCAACAUCAACGAAGUCGAAAACCAAAUCCUCACCCGUGACUCAAAGGGCAUUAGCCAAGACCAAUUGAAUGAAUUCCGCUCGAGCUUCAAUCACUUCGACAAGAAGCGCGCUGGUCGCUUGACCCCCGAGGAAUUCAAAUCCUGCCUGGUGUCAUUGGGCUAUUCGAUUGGCAAGGAUCGUCAAGGUGAAAUGGACUUCCAACGUAUCUUGGCUGUGGUGGAUCCCAACUCGACUGGUUAUGUGCACUUUGAUGCCUUCUUAGAUUUCAUGACACGCGAAAGCACAGACACCGAUACUGCCGAACAGGUUAUCGAUUCCUUCAGAAUUUUGGCAGGUGAUAAGCCAUACAUCUUGCCCGAUGAAUUGCGUCGCGAAUUGCCCCCAGAUCAAGCUGAAUACUGUAUCCAACGCAUGCCACCCUACAAGGGCCCCAAUGGUAUUCCCGGCGCCCUUGACUACAUGUCCUUCAGUACAGCUCUGUAUGGUGAAACCGAUUUGUAAAUCAAAUGAGCUCAUGUGCCACAAAUUGUUAGUUUUACGACCACACCCCCCACUACAACAAAAACAACAACAACUCGUCUAUUCUAAAUCAUUUUAAGUAACCAAAAGAAAAUAAAAGAAACAAAAAUUGAAGAGUGAGAGAUUAUCAACCACCUAGAUCGGCUAAAUAAAAUCUACCACCAAAACUCCAUUUAAAAAAAAAAUACGUUUUAAGUUAAUCACAACAACAAUUUUAAAUCAAUUGACAAAAUUUUGAUCAUUCAGCAGUUGCAUACUAACCUGACCAACCGCCAGCUACCCGCCCGCAAACAAAUCGAGAAAAGACUAACCCACCACACACACUACCACUACAGCCCCCCGAUUAACAAGCAGAACACUCAUCAAAGCAACACUAGACAAAAACAUGCUCACACCUAAACACAUACUCACUCACGCUUUUACAAAAACCAAACUCAAAGAGAGACAGAGAGAGAGAGAGAAAGAAUUUUAAAUCUCUCAAAAGCUAAUCACCAAACCCCCACCGUCCGAAAAUCUCGAAAAAUUAGACAUAUCAAAUACAUGAUGAUGACAGGAGAUGCCAAAAAAGAGAGAGUUUUUGAUAUAGACAAAGAAGGAGAGAGAAAGGAGAGAACUACAACACAUGCUGCAAAGAAAAGAUGUUCAAGCGCUACACGUGGUGAUAGAAAUUCAACGCUAGAAGGGAAAAAGCUGGACGGAAAUGAAGGCCAAAUGUUUGGGGUCGGCUGUAUGCCUUGACUCGCCGCAUUAACCAACUAAUCUAAAUCGAAUCGCCAUCGUUAUCGAAAUCUCAAGCAAGAACCAAGCAUACGGCCACCUUCAACUCCCACAACACCAAUAACCUUCAACAACAAAAGAAAAUACGAAGAAUUAUUAGAAUUUUUUUCCUCAUUUAAAGAAAUCACACUAAAAACGUCUUAUAUUUUUAUUGUCACAGUUCAUCUGAGAUGAAUGGAUUGUAAUAAGAGUAUAAUAAUGAAUAAAAACAUAUUUUUGAUAUUUUA